AUGGAUCCUGCUUCGAAUUUCCAAGCUUCUAUUGCAGGAUUCUUAGUGUUGCUAAUUGCAUACAAAGUGUUUAGGUUCAUCAGAUCUCCUAAACAAAGAAAAGGAACCAAUGUUCCCGAACCUCACGGUGCUUUACCUCUGAUAGGGCACCUCCACCUUCUCAAUGCUAGAAUACCCUAUUUCAGGACCUUCUCAGCCAUGGCUGAGAAAUAUGGUCCAGUCUUCUGUGUCAAACUGGGUUGCCACCCCACCAUAGUGGUGAACAACAGGGAAAUUGCCAAAGAGUGCCUCACCAUAAAUGACAGAGUUUUUGCCUCAAGACCAAACACUUCUGGUGGUCGACUCAUGGGUUACAACAAUGCAAUCUUUGGCAUUUCUCCUUACGGAAAUUACUGGCGUGAGAUCAGAAAAAUGUCUGUUCUCGAGAUUUUGUCAAGCUACAGGCUUGAGAAGCUGAAGCAUGUGAGAGACAGUGAAACACUGUCUCUUGUGAAGGACUUGUACUCAUCAAUGACAGUGUCCUCUGAAAAGCACGCGAAGGACUCAACUGAAGUGGCUAUAAGCAAUCUGUUAGAGCACAUGACCUUCAACAUAAUUGUGAGGAUGAUUGCUGGGAAGAGAUUUGGAGGGGACACUUCCAACGAUGAAGAUAAUGAAGCAUGGAAGCUGAGAAAAGCCAUAAAAGAUGCCACAUAUCUGUUUGGUGUUUUUGUGGUGGCUGAUGCGAUUCCUUCUCUUGGUUGGUUUGAUUUCCAAGGUUACGUGAGUUUCAUGAAAAGAACAGCUCAACAAACAGACCUUAUUCUUGAGAAGUGGCUGCAAGAACAUCUGAGAGAGAGAAUGCGAGAUGGUGAAUGUGAAAGGGACUUCAUGGACGUUAUGAUAUCAACGUUCGAAGAGCAAGAAGAUGUUUGUGGCUAUAAGAAAGAGACUGUUAUCAAAGCAACAGCGAUGAUGCUUAUCCUUACUGCUGGAGGAAGCACAGCCAUGACACUAACAUGGGCACUCUCCUUGCUCGUAAACCAUCCAAAGGUUCUAAAGGCAGCCCUACAAGAGUUGGACACCCACGUAGGAAAAGAAAGAUGGGUCGAAGAAUCUGACAUAAAAAACCUCAAUUAUCUCCAUGCCAUUAUCAAAGAGACCCUUCGUCUGUACCCGCCAGCACCCUUAACAGGAAUCAGGGAGGCGACGGAAGAUUGCUCUUUGGCAGGGUACCAUGUCCCAAAGGGAACACGGUUGCUUGUUAAUCUGUGGAACUUGCAAAGGGACCCAGAAGUAUGGCCUAACCCUAAUGAGUUUCAGCCAGAGAGGUUCCUCACCACUCACAGAGACAUUGAUUUUAUGAGUCAGGACUUUGAGUUGAUUCCAUUUAGCUUUGGAAGAAGGUCGUGCCCUGGCAUGACCUUUGGGCUGCAAGUGACGCACUUGACCUUGGCUUGCUUGCUUCAAGGCUUUCAUAUUUUCACAAAGGAUGGUGGUCACGUUGAUAUGACUGAAGGGUUAGGAGUGGCUUUGCCUAAGGAACAAGAACUUCGACUUAUUCUGCAACCUCGUCUUCCAUUGGAGCUUUAUGAAAGCCUUUGAAUGAUGCAUGUGAAAACUAGAACUAUAUAUGUUUUAAUUAUUCUAAGUUAUUGUUAGCUCCUAAAUAAGAUGUUUACUAGGCCUAUGUGGAGCCCUAAUAUGUCUACCUAGUGUAGGUUUGUGUGUAUUGUUAGUAGUCCUUUUAUUUUGUUUGUAUUUUUCUUUUAAGAAACACAAUAAAUUUUCUUUAUUAUAAUAUAAAA